AUGUUUGCUCGCCGUAAUUUACGUCGUAAUCUUAUGAUUGGUAUUUGUUUACCUAUCAUUUUAUUAAGUUUAUUUGUUAUUCAUCAAAAUCGUGAUAUUGUAUUUACUGAACAGUUAUCACAUCAACAACAUUCUCAUUUCUUACAAAAUAUCGAUAAUGUACAUCCGUCUCGAUCAAAACGUUAUACAAGUCAGAGUCAACCAUUAGAUAUUCAUACUGAUAAACAAUUACAAAAUGGAAAUGCUAUGGCUAAUCUAAUGGCUUAUCAAGCUCCAAUUGUAAAUUUCUAUAAUAAUCAAAGACAUUUACAAGAAUAUAAUCCUAUUCAACCAAUUAGACAUCCUGUUAUUGAUGCAAAAAAUCUUGAACGUUUUGUUCAUUUAGAUUUAAAAGGUGCUGCACCAAAAAUAGAUUAUUUUACAGAUUUAUUUCCAUUUCUAAGACAACUUGGUGCUACGGGUUUAUUAAUUGAAUAUGAAGAUAUGUUUCCAUAUAGUGAUUAUUUAUCUAUAAUACGACAUGGUCUUGCUUAUUCAAAAAAUGAUAUUCAACAAAUAUUAGAAUUAGCAAGAAUAAAUAAUUUAAAAGUAAUGCCAUUAUUACAAGUUUAUGGUCAUCUAGAAUAUGUACUUAAACUAAAAGAAUUUAUGCAUUUACGCGAAGAUAGACGAUAUCCACAAGUUAUUACACCAUGUCUCGAAGAAAGUUAUAAAUUAAUAUUUGAAAUGAUUGAUCAAAUGUUAUCUCUACAUCCAUCUAUUCCAUAUCUUCAUAUGGGUUGUGAUGAAGUUUAUUAUCGUCUAAUUCAUCCUCAAUGUGUUAAUCUACACUUUCGUGAUGAAGCCGAUCUUUUUAUCAGACAUGUGACUCGUGUUGCUAAAUAUAUUAAAUCAAAACAUCCAAAUAUUAAACUAUUUAUAUGGCAUGAUAUGCUCUCACAAAUAGUUAACUCAGGUUAUAAUAAUAUUACAGAAUUAGUUGAACUUGUCGUGCCGAUGGUAUGGACAUAUGUUGAUGAUGUUAAAACUUGGUUCGAUGAUAGAUUUUGGAUGGGAUUUUCAAUGUUUCAUGAAGUUUGGGUAGCCAGUUCAUUUAAAGGUUCAUCUGGUGAAAUAACAACAAUGAGUUAUAUUGGUCAUCAUCAACGUAAUCAACAAACUUGGCUUGAGGCUAUGUAUACUGCAUCAUUUCGACAUCGAGUUAAUUUCACCGGUAUUGCUGUUACUGGUUGGUCUCGAUAUGAUCAUAUGCUUUCAUUAUGUGAACUUCUACCAUCAUCUAUACCAUCACUUACAUAUGCAUUACAAACAAUUGUGUAUGGUCAUAUAAAUAAUACACAAAAUGUAACUAUUUCAAGAUCAUUAUUAGGAUGUGAUCGAACACCAUUAUGGGAAAAAUCAGCAGAUAUUAAUUUUAUAUCUUGUUCAUUUCCAGGUCAUGAAAUGUAUGAAAUGAUGUAUCAAUAUGAUGGACUUACACAUGUAUAUGAUGAAACAAUGUCAUUUGUACGUUUAUAUGUAACAGAUAUUCAUCUUCGUCAAAAUUAUAUACAUUAUAAACGUAGUCAAGAAUGUUUACAACGAUUAUAUUCUUUAGAAGAUCAAAUGAUUUAUUUUAUUGAUUCAUUUCAACGUAUUUGUUUAAAAUUUUUUACGCCUGAUAUUGGUCCAGAAUGGUUACAAACAUAUUUUAUGAGAAAAUUAAAAGAAGUACAAAAUCGUGUAAAUUUUAUUGAACGUACAUUAAAAACACAAACAUCAUGGUUACAACGUCCAUUACCAAAUAAUACGGCACCUAUUGCAAUUAAACGAAGAAAUUUUACAAUUAGUAGUUUAUUAUAA